UCCACCACCACCAUGUCUGGCCGCGGAAAGCAGGGAGGCAAAGCUCGUGCCAAGGCGAAGUCCCGCUCUUCUCGGGCUGGCCUGCAGUUCCCGGUGGGCCGAGUGCACCGCCUGCUCCGCAAAGGCAACUACUCUGAGCGCGUCGGCGCCGGCGCGCCGGUGUACUUGGCCGCCGUCCUCGAGUACCUGACAGCCGAGAUCCUGGAGCUGGCGGGCAACGCGGCUCGGGACAACAAAAAGACUCGCAUCAUCCCUCGCCACCUGCAGCUGGCCAUCCGCAACGACGAAGAACUCAACAAGCUGUUGGGCAAGGUGACCAUUGCCCAGGGCGGCGUCCUGCCCAACAUCCAGGCCGUGCUGCUGCCCAAGAAGACCGAGAGUCACCACAAAGCCAAGGGCAAGUAAGCCAGUACCUUGCUGUGACGGGACAGUCCUGGGAACGAGGGACUCGUCUAGCACGCAGACACCAAAGGCUCUUUUCAGAGCCACCCACACUUUCGAGCAAAAGAGCUGACACACGCGGCGGGUCUGCCCCUGCAAAAUCCGGGGUGCUUGUGGGUGCCCAUGCUUUUUUCUUGGCUUGACAGCUUCGCAGCUUUGGGCAGAGAAGUCGUAAUCCUGUAGCGUCCACAGCCACUCAGUCACCAAGCAUUGAUUUAACAAACCGGAAUCUUUGUUAAUUAGAAUGGAGGCUAGGCUACCUUCGUCCCUAGAUGCCACAGAACUUGAGACCAGAAAGCACUUACUGGGGAGAAGAGAAGAGUUUGUAAUGAUCGGCCUUUCAGACAGGUCCGACUCAGGCUAAUUUUUAGCAUACAAGGGGAGUGGGAGUCGUCUAGGAGGAUACAUGAUCGCCAAAUUUCAAGUGAAGCAGUUGAAACACUGGGUCUCUCCUGGUUCUCUUCCUACUGGGUUGUUGACUCUUCCUCAGUUUCCCUUGUGCUGCUGGACGAGGGAUCAUCUGCCUCCGGACCUCUAACUUUGAAUUGUCUCUCCAAGAAGGUCCUGGGCGUGUCCCCCACUCUAGUCUACACUCGUCUCCCUUCACACAAGGAACUCUCACACCUACAGAAUCCAGCCUUUAUCUCUUUCCCUGGGACUCCUAGCUUGCUCACUCCCUGUCCAUAAGGGUUCACCGAUGACAACUUUGCCAACUCUGGUCUCCCAGCCCCAGCCCCAGCCCCAGCCCACUCUCGCCUUCUCCACCAUUUCGCUCCUUUGUCGUCUCCCCCCCCCCCCGUCAGAGGUUCCUGAUACCUCUUUUCCCUCUCCUUUAACAAACGCUCCCCACCCCGCCCCCAGUCCAAAUUGAUUGAUUGUCCUCAAAAUGUCACCGCAAACAGCAUCCCUGUCCUCUGUGGUCCUGCUUCCCGCCAAUGCCAUCCGUCCUCCAAACAGCUUGGGAAAUAAUCUUGCUAAAGCCCAUUAGGCCACCAGACCUUCAAGUUUCCCUUUUGCCUCUUGCCUAAAACACAGACUUCUUGGUAGUCCACCUCUUUCGGGUCUCUUGGUCGUCACGCAGGUCGUUCUACAGAAUCUUUUGAAUUCAUCUGAAGCUCAGUUUAUGUGAAGCCAGACCCGAUGGCUCUUAGCAGUUAGCGCUCUUUCCCUCCUGAAAUGUCUUUGUAUUUCUACAAGCUGUAUCCCUCGGGUUCCCGCCUCCUCCCGCUGUAGAAUCCGAAAGUGCAAGAAACGUUUUAUCUUUUCAA